AGCGUAGAUCAAGAAUCACCUCAACAAAAUCGGACAGAUGCAUCAAGCCCGACAUCACAGGAAAAGCGCAAGCUAGAAAAAGCCAAAAGCGUUGCUCAAGCAGACCAAGAGCUCCGAGAGCGGCUCGAGCAAAUGUCUGGUGGAGGCGGUGCUGCAGGAAUCGAGUACGAGGAUGGGAAGCCUAACGCCAUGAAACGCAGCGUCCGAAACAACAUGUUCCGCUAUAUCUGA